AUGGAUUCUGCACAAGACAUCGACGGCGAUGCCUUUAUCGAGGCCGUCAACGUUAACCUCCUCGGCGCGUUGUACACGGCAAAAGCCUUUCUGCGCUAUGCGGCUGAGGGUGCCGUCGCCGUCAAUAUUUCCUCCUCGGCCGCCCAUCUUAACUUUGGCCCCGGCUUCGCCUCGUACAACUGCUCUAAGAUCAGCGCCUUCCACCUCUGGGACUCUAUAGGAUUCGCCAACCCUGAGCUGUCCGUGUUCCACGUCCAGCCUGGCGUGGUUGAUACUGACAUGAACAAGGAGGCCGGCCGUGUCGAGGCUGUCGGCUUUGAGGAUCACGUUUCCCUGCCUGCGACGUUUUGCCUGUGGCUUGCCAGCCCUGAGGCGCGAUUCCUCAACAGAAAGUUCCUGUGGGCCAACUGGGACGUGGACGAGCUCAAGGCAAAGGCUGACGCUAUUGCCAAGGGCAGUCUGCUCGACCUGACUCUGGUCGGCUGGCCCUUUGCGGCCAAUGACUGGCAGGCUGACUGGAGCAUGUAA